AUGCGUGACAACGGGAGCUUACCUGAGACGGAGAAGGUAGCAGACGCGCUCGAGCGCGAGGUGGGGAGGUUCCGCGGAAGCAGCGGGGCGGCAGAAGAUGCGGGGGAGCUUGGAGGGGAUCAGGCUGUACCUGCGGCGAUUCAACUAUCGGAGGGGCUGAAUUCGGUUCAGUACGCGAAGCACGAGCUGGAAGCGAGGCUGCUCAAAGGGAAGCCGAUCCGCAGCUGGAUCAGGGAGCUUCAAGUGAUGUGGCGCGACGCGACAGGCGCACAGCACUCGGCGUUCCUCAAGGCGCGGGACGGCAAGGAGCAGGGCCGAGGUGCCUCCGGAUUCAUCCAAUGGAUGGUGAUCGACGGCCAAGAAGUGGCCCCUCCGUUUUACCCCGGGAGUUCCAUCUCCGCGAGCGGAGGCUUUAAGCUGCUGCUGGCGGAGAGCAGGAGCCGGCCUGGGAGGGUAGAAGACGAGUUCCACCUGAAAAUAGAGGGCGUGGUGGAUCUGGGGGUAACGGCGCGGGUGGCCCAUCCGCUCAUGCAGACUGCGACUGAGGCUCAGGCGCACUUCAACGUGCAUAUCGUGCAGCUCAAUACCCCCUGCAUUGAGACAUCUCUCAUGCUCACAAUGACCUCUUCACACUACUUCUUGGUUCGCCCUCUUCUGAUCAUGCCCUUUUCUCCAUCCAACCCCACCCCCGACCUCUCUCCACCAGCACACGGAGGGCAUUCACGGGGUGCUUGGGCAGACCUUCCGCAGCGAGGCAUCCCGAUCGGUGCGGUCUCGGUGGCACCGGCUGCUCACUCGCAUGCUCACCUGACCUCUCCACCUUUUCUCCCCGCCCUUCCUCCCUCCUCCCCCACCAGCACACGGAGGGCAUUCACGGGGUGUUGGGGCAGACCUUCCGCAGUGAAGCAUCCCGCUCGGUGCGAUUGCUCGGCACCGCCUGCUUACUCGCAUGCUCAGACCUCUCCACCUUUUCUCCCCGCCCUUCUUCCCACCCACCACCAGCACACGGAGGGCAUUCACGGGGUGUUGGGGCAGACCUUCCGCAGCGAGGCAUCCCGCUUAGUGCGGUCGCUGCGGCAUCGCCUGCUCACUCGCCUGCUGCGGGAGCCGGUGGACGUGGAGAGCAGCGAGGUGGGCGAUGGGCUGCUGGAUGGGAUCAUGCAGGACUAUCUCACCUCGGGGAUUGCCGCCACAGAUUGCGUGUUCUCUGCCGCGUGGAGGAGGGGAGAUCCGGAUAUCUGGAUGGGAGACGACGGGCUUGAUUUCAUGCGAUAA